AUGUCGCGCACAAAGCAAAAGGCUCGAAGGGAACGUGGGAAGACUGCACUGGCUCCAAACACGCGUGUGCAGAAGGAAGUGGCCUCAAACGAACCGGAAAAGAAACAGGUGGUUGCAGGCCAGCGUGGGAGGAAACGAAAGCUCAACGAGUCCGAUGAUAUCGACCCGAACCCUUCAUCGAAGCGAACCGCCCUUGACAUCAAGCCCGGACAACCCUCGUCCUUAGAUACCGUCGCCGACCCUGCCCUUCUCGCCGACCACUUUGCCAAGUGCAUUCAAAAGUGGUUUGCAAAGUACAGUCCCAUCGAACUGGAAGACCGAUAUCUACCAGCGAAGGCUUUUCUCGACACCACGAGUUACAAGAGAGCCCGGGUCGCCGCGAACCUACCGGACUUCCUCGAGCGAUAUUCAGCUGGCGGUAAAGAGGGUCUUUGCACCUGCGACAAAGUCGCGUCGCCACAUACCAUUGUCAUUACAAUAUCUGGCAUGCGCAUAGCAGAUCUCAUGCGAGAACUGCGAGUGUUCAAGAGCAAGGAUUCCAAGGUCGGUAAAUUCAUGCCGAAACAUAUGAAACUCGAAAUGAAUGUGGAGUUUCUCCAGAGUAACAAAGUGGGGAUCGCCAUUGGCACUCCGGAGAGGUUGAAUCAAUUGCUAGAAGCAGGUGCGCUGAAGACUGGGGGCCUACAACGAAUUGUGGUGGAUGGCUCUUAUCAAGACGAGAAGAGAAGCACUAUAUUUACGAACGGCCAAGUUUUUCAACCGAUGGUCGCCUUGCUCAAUGACGAUAGCAUUCGUCCGAGAUAUGGAGCUGCACAAAACAAGAUUGAUAUUCUCGCUUUCUGA